AUGACGACCCAGUUAUCCUCAGGCACCGCAUCUGCGAUGCAAGAGGUGCUAGACCGCGCUACCUCUCGUCCGUCUCCAAGUAUCCCAGGGCUGGUUUAUGGUUCGGUAAACCGUCACGGUGACUUGCUAUUCAAACAUGCCUCCGGGGGCAAGGGCCUGGAUAGUGCCCAGCCAAUGUCCCUAGAUACUGUGUUUUACAUGGCAUCUUGCACGAAACUCAUCACGAGCAUCGCUUGUAUGCAGAUGGUCGAGCAGGGCAAGCUGAAUCUGGACGAUGUGAACCAGCUCGAGUCGCUGGCUCCGGAGCUGAAGGCCGUCAAGGUUCUCGAACGCACUUCGGACGGCGGAUUUGAAUUAGUUCCUAAGAAAAGGGGAAUUACGUUGCGGAUGCUUUUGAAUCAUACCUCUGGAUUUGGAUAUGCAUUCGAAGACCUCAAACUGAGAGAUUGGUCUCGUCCUCUCGGUAUGGACGACUUCUCUGGACAUGAAGCCGACGUGCUCCAUCGACCACUUGUCAACCAGCCCGGAACUACGUUCCAGUACGGAGUUGGGGUGGACUGGGCUGGUAGACUCGUCGAACGUGUGAUGGGAAUGUCUCUCGAAGAUUACUUCCAGCGGUACAUCUUGCGGCCGAUUGGUAUUGGAUCAAUUACUUUCUUCCCGUCACCCGAGAUGAUUGACAAACUCGCCUACAUGCAUCAGAGGGCGCCAGAUGGGACGCUAAGUGUGACUGAUCACAUAUAUCGGUACCCUCUUUUACCUUGCAGGCCUGAUGAAAAGGAUAAGAGGUUCUGCAUGGGCGGAGCAGGAUGUUUUGGGAAACCGGUUGAAUUUUGUCAGCUCAUUUCAGUACUGCUUAAUGAUGGAACACACGCAAAAACGGGAACUCAGCUUCUAAAGCCAGAGACGGUGGCAGAAAUGUUCAAGGACCAAAUCCCCGACAAGCCGCGAUACUGCAAUGAGUACACUCCAUCCGGAAAGCCAUUGCUGGCGAACCCAUGUCCUCUGGUUCCUUGCGCAGACGAUCUCACGGAAGGGUGGGGACUCUCGUUCUCGCUGAGCCAUCGCAAAAGCGACACUGGUCGAGCUGCAGGAUCCGGCUCGUGGGAAGGGCUGGCAAAUCUGUUUUGGUUUGCUGACCGGGAGAAUGGAGUUGGCGCAAUUAUUGCCUCGCAGAUCCUUCCUUAUGGAGAUCUCAGAGUACUUGAAAACAUGGACAAGGUUGAGAAAAUGAUGUAUGAUGAGCUAUUGGGCUCUUGGCUUACAUAG